AUGGUCAAUUUAAUAAGGCUAAUUGAAAAGAAUGCGAUGGAAGUUUUUUCCUGCUAUCCAAAUAUUUGGAAAGGAAAUAACUCGGCUUUUUUUUUUUACAUUUUGGCGGCACAACAUGUAGAGAAAAAUUUGAGUAACAGUUUCUUCUCCCUGCUGAAAAUCUCACAGAGCGCUUACAAAAAUAUGUACAUAGCUUUGCUACUGUUCAGUUCGAACGACUUAGAAAUGAAAAUGAGAUGUCUCAAGUAUAUUUUUAACCAAUGUGUACUCAGCGAUGGGAGUACACAUCAGAGUAAGAAGGAGAUUGGACAAGUAGAACGCACCAUCUCCUUCACCGAAGGAAUAAAAUAUUUCCACUUUCUAGUGGAGGAGAACGAUCCUAUGAACGUCGAAAGACAGAUGAGUUGCUUCUUCUUUUCUGUGAUAGCUGAUUUGAUGAGGCAGGAUUACGUUGCGUUCCUGAGGGAGAGGAAAAGGGAGAAAGACGAGCUUGGCUUGAAACUCCUGGUGAAGCGAAUGAUCAGGAAGAAGUCCAAAACCAAAAAGGAAUACGUCAAUGGCCUAAUUCUCUACACUGCCAGUAGAAAUAUUUUAAGUAGCUACUUUCUCAACGAUGAGGAUCCCAUUAUUAGUGAGAAUCUGAGGGGUCCUGAACAAUAUGUGUGUAAGAAACACCUCACAGAGGAAGGCCCGAAAGGAGAGUGCCUGAAAGGGGAAGGAAACCCCAAAUUAUCCAUACCUAAAAGUGAAAGCACACACUGCAACGUAAAAACAGUGGAAGAAGAAACCAUAUGCUCCACCAUUGAUAAGCACUACGAUGUAGACUUCCUCAAGGGUAUUUUCCUAUAUGUAAAGAAUAUGAUAAAUAUAUAUUACGACAUUUUUGAAAAGGAGAAAAAAAACACGUCCACUCAGAUGAGGAGGAAUUACUUCACCUGUUUCAUCACCCAUAGUAUAACCAUCCUGAUAAACAUAUGUUUGCUGAACGGUAACUUUAUGAAGGAAUGCUAUGAAUUGAUAAAAAAUGUUAAAAAUAAAUUUGCAUCUGAUAUGAACACAUCAAUCAUCAUUCCUAUGGCAACAUUUAUUUUGUUUUUUUCCACACCGGAGGAAUUUGUACAUGUGUCUAAUUAUCUCCAUACCCAUUUUGUAAAGGAAUAUAGAAACUACCUCCCAGCCGUAACGUUCUUUGACUUCAUCAUGAGGAAUGUUAACCUUCUCCAUCAGAGGAAAUUUUUUUUUUUGAAAUUUUGCUCCAUUAUAUUGAAGACCUAUUUUUUUCACCACCAAAUUUUCAAGCAUGACUUGAUUGCCCUUUUACCUUGCCUAAUCUAUGGGAAUAAUUACAAGGAUGUUUUUUACUUCCUUUUGUAUGCUCCCGUUUUAGUGGACCUGGAUGAAGUGGAAAAGACCGGAGAGUUGAAUUCACAAAAAGGAAGAAGCAGAUUCUCUCACACGGGUAGCGAUUUGAGGGGGGCCCAGAAAAAAGCGGUGCUCAUCCAGGAUUUAGAAGGCCUCACAGUUCGCAGCGACACGAAGAACAAGCAGCGCAUACAAGACAUACGGGAAAACAUGCACACAUAUUUCAGGGCCUACUUCGAGGCGGUACUAAGGAACAGUGAAAGUAAAAGUGGUGAAGGCGAUGAAAAGAAGUGUCUCUCCUGGAGGUACGAACUGACAAAAAUCGUUUUACUCAAGUUGGCUUCCUCAGAAAUUCUAGACAUACUAAACAAGGAAAGCAUAAAGGAGAUGCUCAGAAAUGUUAAUCAUUCAGUUCGUUGCAAUCCAAGUCUGUUGAUUCUUCUUAAAGAAGAGUUCAUAGGUUUAUUGAAAAAUGAAUCUUCCAUGUACUACCACUUGGUGAGUGUGAAAAUUUUAGAAAUAGUGGCGGAAAAUACGAAACGUAUGAACAUUACAUAUGAUGAUAUUGAAAAGUAUUACUUCACUUUGCAUUCCUUUUUUUCCGGGGGAAAUUACACGGAGUUCAAAUUUUGGGUGUCCUUAAUUCAUGCCUUUACCAACAUAGCCAUAUAUUGCCACGACUUUUCGGAAAGUGUGUUACGCCUGUACGCUUCCUUCCUUUCCAGAAGUGAUGUAUCUCUCAUGUUGAAGCACAUCGUCACUGAGCACGUUGGGAUGAUAAAGAACGUAUCCUACGCAAAGGGAGGGUUCCUUUCCUAG